ACCAUGACGUGCAGGUGGUUGGGGCGGGAGAUGAACGUCCCAGGGCGGACAUCACCAGUUCGAGUACUGCCAAGAUCACAAGUCCCGCUGUGGUGAGUGGUAUGAAGCGGCCCGCUGAGCUGUACGGCCUCCUCGUGGAAUUCCAGGUGCUGCACCGUGAGCGUCUUCAGCGGAUCGACGAAUCAGAGGGCCGCGUGGAACAGAAGCUGCAGAGCAAAGUGGAAGCACUGCAGUCAUUUGUGCGGGAUCUCAGCCAGCAGAACGAGGCGCUGAUUCAGACAGUGCUGGAGGUGGAACAGGAGACGGAGAACCAAGCGAGAAACACUCAGAAGGCCCUAAAUAUGGAUAAGCGCGAGGCUGAGAUCCAGACCCUGCAGGACACCAUCACAGAGCUGCACCAUGAGUUAUCCCUGAAGGACCAGGAGAACCUCAGGCAAAUGCAGGAGCUGCACCGGUUUGAGAGCAAGGUCAAGGAGGUGAAUGCAGAUGGGACACACUUGAGCCCAACCCCCACCCAACCCUUUGCUGUGAGAGACAAGCGACUUUUGUCAGAGCUGGUACAGCGGGAUGGUACCAUCCAGAAGCUUCGGAAUGACGUCCUCCUCCAGCUCGAGGCCCGGGACUCGCAGAGUGCCCAGUUGGACAUCCAGGAGCAGAGGAUAACUCAGCUGCAGACCGAGUUGCAGGAAAGCCAGCUGGAGCAGCAGAGAAAGCAGAGUCGCAUCCAGCAGCUGCAGAGGGACCUACUAGCCUCAGAAAGGCAGACAGAGGAUCUCCACGCACAGCUGUCAGAGGUGAAAGGUCAUCUGGUGAAGGUCGAGGGAGAGAAUGAUGCCCUGAGGUGCUAUAAACUGGACCUGAGUGUGGAGGUGGAAAGGCUGACGGGAGAGGUAUGCACUCUGCAGGCCAGAGCCCAGGAGAAGCACAGCACAGAAGCCAAGCUGACCGAACAAAAGUGCCUGGACUUACAGCGGGAACUAGAAGAAGUUCAGGGAAGGCUCUCAGAAUGCCAGGGCAGAGCACAGGAUGCCACUCGCGAGCUUCAGGAGAAGAAUGCGGAGCUGCAAAGGCUGCAGACGGCAUACGAUGAACUGCAGGGUCACGAGAGGCAGUGGGAGAAAGAGAGAACGGCCCUGCGGCACAAGUUCAGCCGCAGCAAGGAAGAGCUCCACAGCGCCACCCUCAGGCUAGGACAACAAGAAGACAACAUGGCGACACUAGCAGCCGAGGCAGAGAGCUUCAGAGAGAAGCUACGGCACCGGGAUGAUGACGCUUCUUCUCUCCGCCAGCAGCUGCUCUGCUCCCAAGAUGCAUUGCAGCAAGCGACUGCAGAGCUCAGGGCCUGCAAGAGAGAGGAGGAAGAGCAGCUGGUUCAGGAAGAGGACGCGACAGCCAGGCUGAAGGGGCAGCUGCGGGAGGCGGUCAGGCAGCAGAAGCACCUGGCGUCCCGUGUGCUGCAGCUCACCGCGGAGGCCCGGGAUCUGUACACCGAAGUCGGCCUGCUGACAGAGAGCCACCGGGCCGCCCUGCAGGAGGUGGCUGACAGGGACGAGGCCGUAUCGAUGCUGACAGCGGAGCUCCGCACUGCCCAGGAGCGCCUGAGAUCAGUGCAGGAAGAGUAUGAGGUCCAGCAGGGGGCGCUGUGUACGGCCAAUGAAGAGUUGCAGCGCUGGCAGGCAGAGGCGCAAGCCCAAGUGGACAAGGCACAGAGCAGGCUGCAGCAGUACCUCAGCAGCACAGAAACGCUCGGCGCCCACAGGGACCAGGCCCAGAGGCAGCAGAGGCAGGCUGAGGAGCUGGGUGCACAAGAAAAUGGAUUCCGGCUCAGUAACGACUCGGUGCAGGCUUUACAGAAGCCCCCCCAGCUGUGCAGUGUGGAGAUGGAGCUCAGUCAGCUGCGGGGAGCCCCACAGGAGGCCCAGCCCCCCCCACCACUGCUCACCCAGGCCCUGGACUCCUACCAGCAGAAGUACCAGGCCUGCCUGGGCACGGUCUCCCGGCUGGAGGAGAGGGUGCAGGCCCGGGACAGGGAGCUGCAGGAGGCCGGGAUGCAGGCUUUGCAGCAUAACGUGCAGGUACAGCACCUGCACUGGGAGGCUGCACUCCUGCGCAGUGACCUGGAGGGGCGCUACACACAGCUGCAGGCCCAGGACGAGUCCCUGGGUGCCCUGAGGCGGCAGCUGGAAGAGAGCCGCCAGCACGGCCUGAAGUGUGAGCUGGUCAUCGGGACCCUGCGCAGGCAGGUGGAGGAGCAGGAGGAGGCUGUGGUGAAGAUCCGGGCGGAUUUCUCUCUGUACAAAGCCACACACCUCCUCACAGAUCCAGACUGUGAGCCUCACCUCUGCCGCAUCCAGGAGCUGCAACAGGAGCUGUCCUGUGCUGUGGAGCGGCUUGCUCAGGACGCGCAGGAGCUCGGCCAGUACCAGGCUGACGUGUGCCAGCUGAAGGAGGAAGUUAGCCACUUGACCAAGCACAGGAACCCUGACAUUACAGAGGCAGUGCGUCUUCAGGAAGCGGUGGGGCAGUUACAGGGGAAGAUGGCAGCCGAGCCACGGCGUCGGCGGGGGAAGAAACAGACGUUUCGCCUGCAGGGGGAGCUGCGGGCUGCCCAGCAACAGAAGAAGAUGGAAGGCCUGCUGAAGGAGGUGGAGGCCCCCCUGGUGGAGAGCAAUGAGGUGAUAAGUGAGCACUCCCUGGAGGCAGAGAGGCAGGGCCUAGAGGCUGAUCUCCAGAGAGCUAUGAAGGACAACCAGCAGGGGGAGACAGAGAGUGCCACCCUGAGAGCAGAGCUGCUGCACCUCCAAGAGGAGCUGAAGGUGGAACGCAGCCGCUGCAAGAUCAUGGCUGAGGCCCUGGCCAGGCAGAAGAAGGAGGCGCUGCUGGCAGAGAGAGGGCAGCAGGGGGCGCUGGGGGACACGGUGGCGUGGCCACAGCAAGAAGAGAUGUGGCAUCAGGCGGAGCUGCACGUGUUACAGGACGAGCUGCGUAAGAUGGAGCCCCACGGUCAGGGCGGCAGAAGCCAAGUGGGACCACUGACAGUGCAGGUGAGCAAGGGCAGAAUGGCCCAGCUUGACACAUCAGGAGCAGAGCAUCCAGAAAAGGAGCUGACCAGCAAAAUGGGGGGCAUUUGGACCCAGCAGCAACAGUCUCUGCAGCUGAAAGAGCAAGAGGAGCACAUCAUCAGCAUGUCAGAGCUUGACAGCGCCACCCUCAGGCUGCAGGAGGAAAUCGACUCCGGGCAAGCCCAGCUGCUGCAGUGCACGGCUGAGCUGGAGGCCAAACGGACUGAGAACUGUCAACUCAGCCAAGAGGCUCGGACAUAUGAGGGCAGGCUGGCCGAGGUUUGCUGGUGCUGGGGGCAGGAGCAGCUGGCAGCGCUGGAAGCCAAGGAGGCGGAGGCGGUGGCACUGAAGGUGGAGCUGACCUCGCUCAGGGAGAACUACCGCGCCAAGGUCACGGAGGUGGACGCAUUACACUCGCAGCUGGACUUAAUGAGGCAGAAACACCAGGCAGCCGUGAACGAGGUGGAUGUCCUGAGGCGAUUCCUGGGGAACGCUCGGACCAACAGCAUCCGCCUGCAGCAGGAGAGCGAGCUGGUUGUGUCCAGCGUCCAUCAGUGGGUGAAGGAGCAGAAACAAGCCAACGAGAAGCUGAGUACCAAAAUUAAAGAGCAGAGCAGGAAGAUCAUGCAUCUGAGGUUUGCAUAG